UUACUACUGCCUGAAUCAGUCUUGUUUUCAUGGAAUUAACUUUUGUUGGAACAUCAUCUCGCUUCAACACGGUGGGAAUAACAUGACUGGAGUGGGAGGUUGAAUGACGAUGUUGUGGUGAGUGGCUAGUCCGUCACGCUGAGCCUGCAUUGCCAUGGACGCCUGUGCCCGUAUCCGAGGAGUUCCUCUCAGGACCAGAGCCUCCAGGAAAGAGGCGGUGCGUGACAGCGGGACUCCGUGUAUGAAGAGCCUUCUGAGUAGCAGAAAGGAGCUGUGCAGCGUGGGAUUGGAGCUGCAGACCAGAGACACUCCAUGCCUGACUGAGAUCCAUUUUGUGUGUUUGCCUGGCCACUCUGAAGGGGAGGAUCUAACUCUACAGGCCCUUUCUUCUCUCCCGGGGGACCUGGCGGAGCUGCUGAGGUCUCUCCACGUCACCAGCCUGAGAAACGAAGAGGUGCUGCUACUGAAGGACAGCAGGAGAUCAGCCGACAGGAGGGACUCUUCUACUCAGCAGCAGUGCUGGCUGAAGGCGGUGUGUGUUCUGAGACCCAGCCCCAGCCAGGCCAUUGUUGGUGUGUUGGUGGGCCUUCUGGGGCGUUACGCUGCAGGGGUCCGCUAUGCCCUGGAGCUCCAGGCCCUCCACAAGGGCACGGCUGAGUCCUGCCAGCCUGAGGACGAUAACACCAACCAGUCUGUGUCGUCCAUCGAAGACGACUUUGUCACCGCUCUGGAACACCAGGAGGAGGAAGACGACAACUCCAAUGGCUCUUAUCUCCAUGGAAACCAGCGUGAUGUGGCCUCCCAGACUGUCCCCGCCCACAAGAGAAACAAGGAUCUAUCAGGUUCCAGGAUCAUAAUCAGCUCUGCCCCAAGGAAGUCCUUAACCAAACGCAGGUCUCCCCCAGAGGUGUCCAUUACCGUACAGCACUCCAGAGGAGCAGAGUCCCAGUGGACACUCUACAGCCCAAGAGCCCAGCUCCCCUCCCCCACACGACCUAUCAGCGAAUCAGAGGAAUCGGAUGGCUCAAGCCCUAGUCCAAUCAUCUUUCUAGAUGAGGUUGGCUACCAGAAGAGUCUCAAAGCGACACUGGACAUCCCUCAGAUCCCUGGGGGACCAACAGACAGGGUGGAGGACUCUGACUCUGAGGUUAGCGAGUUCUUCGACAGCUUUGACCAGUUUGAUGAUCUAGACGAACUGAGCUCAGAGAGCUGUACACUCACUCUGCCUCUAGACCCGACAUCUUCCAUUUCUCCCACCGGCCUAGACCAGAAGAAGAAGUACUCUGAGGCUGGUACUGGCAAGUCAGGGUCCAAGAAAGUGUCCCGAAGCUGUUCCACUAUGAACCCCCACCGGUUCGACCAGCGCACCCUACCGGCCAAUGUGAAGAAACCCACCCCGCUCAGAAGCCCCCUUCCCCCUGGCUCUCCCUUCGGAUCCCCUGACUCCCCCCGGCCGGCCCGGACCUCCUGUGAGGAGAGUGGAGGUCUUCUCUUCAGCCCUGUCAGCUCCUCAGCCUUCAGCCCUUUGGCAGACGGAGGAGCUCUGGAUUUCUUCUGGAAGACCGAGGGAGAGGUAGGAGACAUGUCAGAGCUACGGAAACCCCAGGACCUUUGUACCCUCUACAAAACCUACUCAGACUUUGCCAGCAGUUUGUCCAAGGAGAUCCUGGGCUCUGUGUGUGGAUACCAGUCUCCCGUGGACCUCAACGACAAUAAGAACCUGAGCUGUGUCUGUCACAAGGAGUUCCAGAACCAGGCUGGACACGUCAUGAAGCUGUCUGAGAUCCAGGAGACGGUGACUGUCUCCAAGCUGCAGCAGAAGCCCCAGUCUCUGAAGGACGGCAUCCAGAGGUUUGCUACAGACUUGGUAGAGAUGAGUCUGGGCAGCGCUCUGAGAGACCUGCAGAAGGGAGUGUCCUCUUGCACUACCACCCUCUGCCACCUGGCUGCCAGACUCACCUCGUCUGUCUUCCAGAUGGCCUUCCAGGAGAUCGGCAUGCGCCGCGCCUACGCCCUGAAGGAACGGGCCGUCAACGGACUGGCUGGGUUCCUGGUGGGAGAGGCGGUGUCAGGGGCUCUGAAAGACUUCCUGAUGGUGAAGAAGCAGAUGUUCAACAGCACGGUGACGCAGUUUGCCGCUGACCUGGCAGAGGAGCUGGUGUUUGAGGGGAUGAUGGAAGUGUGUCAGUUCUCCCAUCCCUCCACCCCCCUCACCCCCAGCGAUUGGUCCUUCGGGGUGGGGGAGGACGACGAUGAGGAAGUGGUGUCUUCCUAUGCCUCGGACCUCUCAGAGUCUGUCCUCCAGGAGGCCUUCAUAGAACUGUCCCAGGCUGAUGUUGCCUUCAGUACCCAGGCAGCCAUCAGUGUCUCUGUGAACAACAUCUGCUACGUCAGCGCUGUCGACACACACACCACCUGCAGUACCGCCGCAGGCCACCAGGCUUUCCAUGUUAACCCAGCCGAGGAAGGCCCAGGUCCAUCAGGCGAAGGUGGCUGUACGGUGAAGAAGGCGCUGUUCUGUGUGUCUGGAAUGGCCAGCUGUGUACCGGUCCCCCAGGCAGGCCAGGCCAUCUCCCACCUCCACGACUCAGAGGAGAUCUGCCAGUGUAAGACCAGCCACAAGAGGAGCUGCAGCUCAGAGAACAGAGUGGUAACCACAACCUCCUCUGAUGCUACUGCUGCCACACAAACUGACCUGCUGUCAAAGACCCGCUUUCAUAACUUCUCUGGCAACAUGGUGGAUAUGAUAGUGAGUGAAGCAUGUGAACUGAUGACUGCCACAAAGAUGAAGAAGAAGGUGGAGGACUGUGCUGACUUCCUUUCUAAGACCAUAGUGGGUCGGGGACCUCCAUCCGGACAGGAGGGUAGUGUCACUGACCAGACCUCCCUCUACUCUCUCCACCCUCCCGUUCAGCCCCCAGGAGGAGUGAACUCUGAGUCAGGCUCCAAGACUGGCAGAGCAGUCGCUGAGACCCUGCCUGUGAUGAUGAACACUCUAGAGGUGCCAGGGUUGGAGAUUGGAGGCUGGGGAGGCAGGAAGAUGACCACCUGCGAGGAGAUGGUUCCCAGUCCUGGUCACAAGUCCAACAGGACCCCUGGUACACCCCCCUCGACCCCCAAGCAGCCCAGUGAGGUGUCCCAGGAGAAGCAGAUCAAGCAGUUCUCCAAGAAGCUGAAAGAGAAGCUGGCCAAGGAGUUCUCCACUGCCACCCCUCCUCCCACCCCACACUACCAGCCAGGGCCCGAGCCCAAAGAAUCCACCUCUGAGACAGACAAGGCUGACUUCAUGCUCAAACUGAUGAGGUCUCUGUCUGAGGAGGCAGAUGGGAACGAGGAGGAGGAGGAGGAAGAAGAGGGUGGAGUAGAAGGGGUUAACUCUGUAACUGAGACAGGAAGCCGCAUGCAGCCAGAGCUCAACUUCUUGGAUGGAGGACACAAGAUGGCCGACAAGGGAGCCCUCCAUUACGCAGAGCGCCUGGCGUGCCACAUCGUCUCCAUGGCGACAGAGAUAGACACCCUGGGAGGAGUGGAGGAUGGAGGUAGAAGGACGGUGGAGGGCAGGGAGGAGAGGAGAGACAGCAUGGCCCAGUUCUCAGCGCAGACCCUGAACACGCUGUGGAUAUACGCUGGCGAGGUGGCGGGAGAGGUGAUCAGCGACGUGAAGAGGAUAAUGUGGUCAGGACAGUGUCGCCACAGUGCGCUCACACAAGGCAGCCAGGAGCAGUCGGGGGAAUGCCCUCACCACCACCAACCCCAGCCCAGUGAACACAGCAGGGACUGCAGGGUGGGUCGUCUGGCUGAACUGUGGUCCAGUGACCUCCUCUCGUCUGUCCUCCACCCAUCCACCUCUACCCCCAGCUCUGGUCUAUCCUCUGACUACCCCAGCUGUGAGAGUGUGACAGAUGAGUACGCUGGCUACCUCAUCAGGGUGCUAAAGAAAGAAGGAGGCAGCAGGGAGCUGGUCCUGGAUCAGUAUGCCAGCCGCCUGGCCUAUCGCUCCAUCAAACUGGGCCUGGCCCAUGCUGCCCGCAACAUGAAGAAGAGACCCUCCAGGCACCACUCCUCCAGGAGGCUCCAGCAGAAUGGCUGCAGGGGACCCAAUGCCGAGCCAUUCAUACCCAGGGACGAAGCAGGGAGAGUGAGAUCUCCUUCCAGAGACGUUGAUGAAGGGAGCCAGAGGGAGUACAUGGAGCUGGUGAACUUCGCAGAGUCGUUGGCGUGCAACAUCACCUGUGACGUCACACGCAAGCUCUGUGUGCCGUCGGUCCGACUACCCAAGUCCCGGACUGACUCGUGUCUGUAUAAGAAGUCCAAGCUGGAGGACAUGGCAGAGCGCCUGAUCAGGAACUCCUUCUCAUGCCCCCUGCUGUACAAGGAGGGGAAUAGCAGGCAGUACCACAGCACAGGCAGCCUGUACGACGGUGGCUACAGCAGUGGAGUCAUGGAGGUCCUGGAACACUAUGCCAGGAACAUAGUGGACGACACGUUGGAGAUGGGCCUGGCCUCGGCAGGAAACCCAGCCCUGCAGGGUCCAUACAGACACCUCCACUCUGAGAGGCGAGCAGUGGGCUCUGCACUAGGGGAAACAACCUGCCGAUACUGCCAGGUCAGGGAGUGUCUGUUCUGCUCACGGCCCAACAGGCAGCACCUCCUCGGGGGAGGAGCAGGCCAGAGGAGGAGGCUGGAAGGGGAUGUGGGGGUGUGCGGCCUUGAGAUCCCUGAGAUCCACAUCAAUCUGGACCGCAGGGCCGUGUUCGCAGAGGAGAUGGUCACUACGGCGAUGGAGGGGGCCAAGCGCGAGCUGAGCAACACCAGCCUGAACGCCGACAGCGGGAUCGGACACGACGGGUACAGCUUCGCCGAGAUCAUGACAUCAGCACUAUCCAACACACGCCAGACCACCAACCUCAGUUUCCCAGGCAGGGAGGCCACAGAGUCCUCUGUGUCCCAGCAGCUCAGUCUGAGUGUGGGAGAUGACAGCCUGGGCAGCUGGUCCCGCCUCAGCUUCGAGGACGAACACCCUGACGAGACCAGCAGCUUCCUGCACCUCAGCGACAGCAAUGGGAACAGCAGUAGUUGGAGCAGCCUGGGGUUAGAGGGAGAGGUGUAUGAAGACCGCUUGUCCUUCUCUCCCUCUGACAGCGAAGGCACUGAGGACAAGGAGCUCGAGACCAAGGAUGAAUCAUGCGGUUCAGUGCGUGUGGGCCAGGCUCAGGCUUACAGGCACCUCCUGGUGGUAAAUUCUGAGCUCAGGGAGAUGACUCCUGACCCACAGCACAUGACCUUUGACCCCCAGCUCAGGAGCAUGCUGCAGUGGGCGGCGGCCUCCAUGGCUGACUUGCCCAUGGUUCAGCUGAGUCCUAGUGGCAGCAGGGAGCUGCAGCAGCUGCCUGCGGUGGUCCAGAGGCUGAAGGAGAGGGAGUGGAAGGUGGGAGAGCUGCUCCAAGCCCUGCUGCAUUACUGUGAGGAGACCCAAACACACACCCCACCCCAGUCUGAACCCAGAGAGGCGGGGAGAGCAUCCCACCACACUCCCCUCUUCCAGUGGCUCCUGGAGCAUGCUUAGGCUCACUGCACCUCUCCUACCUCCCCUCCCUCCUUACCUCUCCCCAACACUACUUACUGUACAGUAUAUCUGUGAAGCCUGCUACAUAGUGAGCACUACCUGUUAAACUAAACCCUGUGAAGAUUCCCAUCACUUCUCAGUGAUGUGCAGCGUACCUGCCAAACCCCGAGCCCCCAAUCUAGCCUCCUCGUACCGUGGAUCCUGUCCCUUAUAGGGCUGUACCCCCAUCGUUACCCGGAGGGCGCUAUUAAAAACAGCAAUUCUUAUUAUUGUGUGCGUGUGUGGGCAUAUUGCCUACCGUAACUGAAAGCAAUUGUGUAUUUUCUUCUCUCUUCUCUGGUUUUGUUGUGGUUGUUUUUAAAGGGAUUCUUCUGGAUUUUCUAUUCCCUCCGUCAGAUGAACACCCGGAUAGCGUUGGCGCAAUGACUGGGAGUCUAUGGUAUCUACUAGCAUGCCAGCAGUUACCCAUAGACAUCCACUCAUUGCACUAACACUAGUUAGCAUCUUUCAAACUGCACACAGAGGCAUAUCUGGUAUCCAUUGGUUUAUUUGACUCUUCAUUGCCAAAAUCCCAAAGUAUCCCUUUAACAUUGGUCUGUAUAUCACAGGUUGAUUAGUGUGCUGUUGUUGACGACUGGCUUUGUUAAAGCGUUCCUACCCUGGUUCUACAGAGAGUAACUUUAACCUCUGUUACAGACAGUAACCUUCUGUUACAGGGGAGGGUGAGAGUAACUUUAACCUCUGUUACAGACAGUAACCUUCUGUUACAGGGGAGGGUGAGAGAGUAACUUUAACCUCUGUUACAGGGGAGGGUGAGAGUAACUUUAACCUCUGUUACAGACAGUAACCUUCUGUUACAGGGGAGGGUGAGAGUAACUUUAACCUCUGUUACAGACAGUAACCU